UCCUCUUCCUCUCAAUAAUAGUAAUAGUUUAUCCUCAAUUCCUCAUUACAUUUCUUUUUGUUACAUCAUCAUUAUUGUCUCUCUUAAUUUUUUCGUUCGGGCUCAACAAAAGAAUUAUUCUCCUCAUCUCAGAAAAAAAGAGUACUGUACUUUUCUCUUUUCUCUUUUUUUUUUUUUUUUUGGUUAUUUCAUUUCCUUGCAUCAUCUAUUUGAAUGAAAUUGGGUUCAAAAAGUACUGGCACCAUUGUCGUCAAAUCAACUGCCACCUAAAAUCUCUCCUCAUUCUGCCACCUUAACCUAAACCCUAACCACCACAACAACCACCUUCUCUCACUCCUCUGACCACCGCCAAAAAUGCUCUGACUUCGCCGCCUUAACCAGACCUUCCAUUUUUUCUCUCUCCUCCGAAACUUCCAUGCUUCCUGAAAUGGGAUCUGUUGCCCCAUUUCCAGACCUCAAUCUCGUACCUGACCCACGUGUCGCUCCGUCCACUCUCCCUUCAACUUCAGCCGCUGUUGUCGCGCAUUCUGGUGCGACAGUGACAGCCUUCCGUCGUCCGAAGUUGGAAAUCCGGGUCAAAUCUGAACCCAUCGAUGACCCCAUUCCGGAAAUUGAAACGCCGGAUUUGAUCCCCAGCUCGCCUCCGGCAAAUGACUUUGCUCUGGAGCCGUCUCCGUCUUCAACUAACGAGGAGUCGAACGUGUACUCGGAAUUCUACCGCAUUUCGGAGAUGUUUCAUUCGGCUUUUGGGCGAAUGCCGGGGCAAGGGGAGCUGCAUCAGGCGCAGCAGCAGCCAUUGGACUCGAAUUCGGGGGCAAUUGUUGCUGUCCCAAGUGAGGAGAAUCAGUUUUCGGCAUUGGCUGUUGCUGCCCCAAAUCAGCUCAGGCGUCAGCAGAAGCGUUCUAAUGAGCUUGUUAGAGUUACUAACUUGAGUGUGGAGGAUCAGAGGUACUUCAGGGAUAUUGUGAGGCGAACUCGAAUGAUUUACGACGCGUUGAGGAUCUAUACAAUGACGGAGGAAGAGAGGAGGAGUGGUCCGGGGGCCGGGAGAAGAGCUCGUGGCGAUUUACGGGCAGCUACAUUGAUGAGGGAUCGUGGGCUAUGGCUUAAUAGGGAUAAGAGGAUUGUUGGGUCGAUUCCUGGAGUGUUCAUUGGAGACUUGUUCUAUUUUAGAAUGGAGCUUUGUGUGGUUGGGUUACAUGGGCAGUCACAAGCUGGAAUAGAUUACUUGCCUUCGAGCCAGAGUUCGAAUGGCGAACCGAUUGCAACGAGUAUCAUUGUAUCUGGUGGGUAUGAAGAUGAUGUAGAUGCUGGGGAUGUGUUAAUUUAUACAGGGCAUGGCGGGCUCGAUAAGCUUCACAGGAUGGUCAAUCACCAGAAGCUUGAAGGAGGUAAUUUGGCUUUGGAAAGAAGUAUGCAUUAUGGUAUUGAAAUUAGAGUGAUUAGGGGUCUUAAAUAUGAAGGUAGUCUUACUACUAAAAUUUAUGUUUAUGAUGGUUUAUAUAAAGUUGUUGAGUCUUGGUUUGAUGUUGGUAGAUCUGGUUAUGGUGUGUAUAAGUUCAAGCUUAUAAGAAUUGAGGGUCAACCUGAAAUGGGUAGUACCUUAUUGAAAUUGGCUCAAAGCUUGAGGACUAGGGCACUGCAGGUUAGGCCUGUGGGGUAUCUUAGUCUCGAUCUUUCGAUGAAGAAGGAGAAUGUGCCCAUCUUUGUUUUUAAUGAUAUUGAUGCAGAUAAUGACCCGUUGUACUAUGAUUAUUGCCCCACGGCGAUUUUCCCUGCUUUUGUGUAUUCAGGGGGAACUAUGGGGUGCAGUUGUAUCACUAGUUGUCAUGAUGGGUGUUUGUGUGCAAUGAAGAAUGGAGGGGAGAUUGCUUAUGAUAAUAAUGGUUUUUUGCUGAGAGGGAAACCUUUAUUAUUUGAAUGUAACAGCAAUUGUGGCUGUCCUCCUAGUUGCCGAAAUCGUGUUAGCCAAAAGGGGCUGAAGCAUAGAUUGGAAGUGUUUAGGUCCAGGGAAACAGGUUGGGGAGUUCGGACUUUAGACUUGAUACAUGCUGGUUCAUUUAUCUGUGAAUAUGCCGGGCUUAUUCUUACAACGGAGCAGGCUCAAGUUUUCUCCAUGAAUGGAGACACUCUUAUAUAUCCUGGCCGAUUUGCAGAAAAGUGGGCUGAAUGGGGGGAUCUAACCCAAAUAUAUCCUGGUUAUGUGACGCCAACAUAUCCCUCUAUUCCUCCAUUGGAUAUUGCCAUGGAUGUUUCCAAAAUGCGAAAUGUUGCUUGCUACAUAAGCCAUAGCACUUGUCCCAAUGUGAUGGUGCAGUUGGUGCUUUAUGAUCAUAACAACAUUUUGUUUCCUCAUCUUAUGCUAUUUGCAAUGGAGAACAUCCCACCAAUGCGGGAACUUAGCCUUGAUUAUGGUGUUGCUGAUGAAUACACUGGAAAGCUCUCAAUCUGCAACUAGAUUAGUUUCUUUCUCAACUGUCCCAUUUUUGGAUGUGGUGCAGUGAAGUGCGUUGAGAAUAUGAUGCAGUAAGGUUUGUUUAUGUUGUGAAUUUCAUCUUGAUUUGGACUUCGUGGAACGCCCAACAUGCUGGUUAACUGCUGUAUAUUUGCUUAAGCAGUCACAAGCUUGCUUAUGAUUAUAGCCAUAAUUUAAUCUUCUUAUUUUUAUGCUUUACUUCUCUAUCUCCUGUCGUGUCCAAAAAAGGAGAAAGGCCAUAUGGCUAAUUGAUAUUACAUUUGUGUAUUUUUAAGGCCAAUUUCUUAUAAUUUUAUCUUUUCUUGCAUUUUUUAAAUUUUUUUUUUCCCAUUCGUUCCUUUUUGGUGCUGCUUAACAUGACACAUUGAUACCACAUUGACUAACUGGGGAAUGUUAUUAUAAUCUUAUUCUGACUAACUCAUGACUAGCAGUAAUUUCCAUUGUGCAAGAAUCACAUUUAGAAGCUUAUGAGUUAUGACGGAUGAUGAGCUACACUUAUCAAUUUGCCCCCCUGUGCUGUUAAAAUCUCAGUGUGAACUUUAGAAUCACCUGACUCUAAAUCCAAAUAAUGCAAGUGUCCUGUUAGAAUUGAAAUGUUAUAAGAUCUUCAGAUCCUACUCAAAUAAUUUUUUUAAGACCUUUGUAUGUUUGAGUCCCCUAUAUGUGCUAUGUUCAUAAUUCAUAAUGUAUCUCGGACGAUGACCAUCAUAAAUCAAUUUUUUUUUUUCUGCGAUGUAAAGAGAGUUGUGUGAGGAAAUGUCAUGUAUAUGUUGUCAUAUCCAGUAAGUUUACUUCCUCCACCUUUUUGUGCCGUCAUUCAGCCAUAUUACGACGCACAAAUAAUAUGAUUGGUAGGCUUCAAUUAUCAAAAUUUUAGCAGUGUGCAAACAUUCAGAGUAGUAUUUUGAACUUUAAAGUCCAAUUGGAUACAUCAAAAUCAAGUCAAAUUCACUUUUCAUCCACAUGUCUGAGAUUGUUUUACGUAGCUGUUGGAUUGGAAACUGCCUUUUUUCAUUCACUCUCCUUUUACACUCCUUUUCCACCGGCCAAAAGUGAAGUUCAAGCCCUUGGGUUCUAGUUGCUAAGCUUAUGAGCUUUCAGAUUGAAAUACGCUGAAUAAUCUUUUUGAAGAAAAUGAUUUUGAAGAAAUUGUCUUCCAGUUUGUUUUUGAUGUGAAUUUGGUCUCAAGAUGGCUAUCUGGUUUUGUUGAUCCCUUUGCUUGAGAAAAUGUAGGUUCUGAGCUAUAUAUUCAGAUUUAUACCCUUUUCCCAUCUUUCUUGGACGGUGGGCACGUAGAUUUAGGAGAGAAUUGUUGGUGGGCCUUUUUGAGUAAUGGUGGAUAAAAAUUGGAGUGUAGUGUUUGUUAUUUUCUUUUAUUGAAAUGAGAGAUAGUGUUGGGCCUUUGAGUAAAGAUGAACAAAUAAUGAAGAAGUUGUACGAUAGAUUAAAGCAUUACAGAGUAUAUUAUUUGGUGAACCACUGUACCCAACAUAAUUUGUAUGAGGUGUUUAUUUAGGAUAAAUUUAAAGGGAGAAACAGGACUUAUUGGGGGAAUGUAGUUGGUUUGUUGCGUUGCUCUCUAUGUACAUAUGCAGCCUUUACAAGAUGGAUCAUGACAAACAUUCCUUAAAAAUGUAUAAAUAAAAGCUUACAGCCAUAAUUAUAAUACUAGAUAACUCUCUAGAUUUGUUCUUGGCUGAGCUGCUCUUCUUACUAGUAACUCUUGAAUGGAAAAAGUAUUUGGAAUGCGACACAGCCACACCUGGACAAAUCUGAAGCAAAAACACUCUAAAUAAUCAGCAAUCAAUUCUGGCAUAAGAUGUAUGAAAUUAAGUAAUAGACUUUUGAACUUUUAUUACUGAACAAUGGCACAAACACCGGAAAUUCUGCUAUCAACUGGCUGUGAAACAAGUAUAUGCACAAGGUAGGAACUCAAACUUGGACAUGGUAAUUCAGUGCCAGAUCAGAAUUUCACCUUCUAAGGGCUUGUUUGGUUU